AUGGAUAAUGUCACGACAACUGCAGACGACGAAGAACUUUAUGUUUUGUCUACUCCUGAACUGAUUUUUUGGUGCGUACUCUAUGCCAUAAUUGCUCUGCUCGCUGUUGUUGGAAACUCUUUAGUCAUAUUUGUGACAAUUCUGAGGUUAAGAACUCGAGCCAUUACCACCUACUUCAUCAUCAACUUAGCAUUUGCUGAUCUCUUCACAGGCAUUUUUGCUAUCCCUUUCAAAUUCCAGGCUGCGUUAUUCCAGGAGUGGUUCCUGCCAGACUCACUAUGUCAGAUCGUACCGUACGCAGAGACGGUGUCUCUGUCAGUGUCUGUAUUUACACUAACAGCAUCGGCUGUUCACGAGUUCCGUACGACGUUUUUCCCCAAACACGCUAGUCUGAACACGCGAAGUGCCAGAUAUCUGGUGAUAUUGAUUUGGCUUAUAGCAGCCGUAGUCUCACUUCCUCAUGGACUUUUCCAUAAAGUGUAUCUCUACGAAGAUGGAGAUGUGAUGAUUGCUCAGUGUAGACCGGUUUAUGCGGAAGAAAAUCUGUGGAAAAUCUACAAUAUCUAUUUGACAAUCAUACACUAUUUCGUGCCCAUGAUCAUCCUAGACACAGCAUACACUAUGAUAGCUAUCAAGAUCUGGACAUCGACCGUCAGGAGCGGAGAUGAAUCAAGGAAUUUGAAUCAGCCGAGUAUCAACACUGACAUGUCAAAUAGAAAGCUGAUGUACAUGCUAAUGAUUGUGGUGGCUUGUUUCUCCCUCUGUUGGUUCCCACUGGAGUCAUACCUUCUGCUUAAUGAGGUCAAACCAGAGAUUAAUGGGUGGAAGUACAUCAAUGUAGUUUUUUUCUGUGCACAUUGGCUUGCCAUGUCGAAUUCUUGCUUAAAUCCGAUUAUAUAUGGACUCUACAAUAACAAGUAUAAGCGAGAGUACAAACGGGUGAUGAAUCGUUUGCGUUGCCUUCCUGUAGAAGAAUCGAUAAUCGAGGAAUUCAAGUUCAACACAGAGUGUUCCCAAGUGGUAGUGCACCGUUCUUGGCCAAGUCCGUUCUCAGAAGAUACACCUUACUACACGGAAACGUUUCAAAUCACCACCUCAACGGUCGAGAAUAUAUAAGCAGAAUUAGGUACAUGAAAUUCUAUAAAUUUCAUAGCAGUUUUCAAUGAUUCUGGUCAUAAAGUUGCUUUAAAAAAUUCUCCUAUGUGACUGUUUUUUUUAUGUGUGCAUUUUGAAUGAAGUUUUGAAAUGAAGAUAU